AUGACUUCCAGCACGCCCAAGCCGCCAACUCACGUGACCUUUGAGACGACAGUGGGUGAUUUUACCAUGGAAUUGUACUUGGAACACGCCCCGAAAACCUGCUGGAACAUUGCCGAGUUGGCGCGUCGCGGCUACUACAACAACACUAUAUUCCACCGCGUUAUCAGAGACUUUAUGAUUCAAGGAGGGGACCCCACAGGCACAGGGAGAGGCGGCGAGUCCAUUUACGGGGCAAAAUUUGACGAUGAGAUCUCAAAAGAGCUCAAACACACUGGAGCUGGUGUGCUUUCGAUGGCAAACUCUGGGCCGAACACAAACGGCAGUCAGUUUUUCAUUACGCUGGCGCCGACGCCUUGGCUCGAUGGCAAGCAUACGGUGUUUGGUCGGAUCUCGUCGGGAAUGAAGGUGAUUAAGCGCAUGAGCAUGGUCCCUACAGGUGCUGACGACAGACCUCGCGAGGAGAUUCACAUCAAGCGUGCGUAUCCAUUGUCCCAAUAG